CCGAAAUUCUCCAGUACUGCCAUGUUCGUCGCGUCGACCGUAGCCCGCGCCACAUCUCCCUGGGCUCGCGUAACACUGCAUGCAAGUCACCACUACAAUUCAUCCCAGUACACCAAUCCUUUUCGAAAAAUGGUGCUGCCCGACGGCGUCGAUAUCAUUCUCAUCUCCGAGCUCGUGUUCACUAUCUCUGGUUCCUUCAACAAAGAUAAGGUGUCCGCAGAGGAAAUCCUUGCCUCCAGAUUGACUGAAAUGAUUGUUGACUACUUCCAAUCGGUAAGUACUCUGCUUGUGGCUACAAUGUGUGAGACCGUUAUCGCCGCAUAGACUAGUAUGGAACUGGGCAUCUCUCUAGUGUCAAGCGCAUACAUCGAUAUCAAGGACGGUCUCGUCAAGUUCAAGAUCGCUCUACCGCAAGACCCUUGUCCCCCACUUGCCGGUGUCCACUUUUCGCUGAGCAGGAUUGAUCUCAAAUUUGCCUGGAAGGCUGAGACUACUGAGUGCUCGACGGUUUCUCUCAUCUCUCCGUUCUCUGCCUACUUGUCGCUUCCUUUUCGAAUGUUACUCGACACCGUUCUCCAUCAUUUCGUCACUUGGCAUCUCGUUCGACGCUAUCCCCUCAUCUUCGGACUUUGGGCUCAACAACUCUCUCUCGAACGGCCUUACUUCGACAAGAUCUUCCGGUCAAUAUCUAGAAUGAUCAAGAGAUCGGACGGGCUCUUCCGCAGAGAUUGUAAAGCGAUUAUCAAGCGCAUCCGGAACGAGCAACAGGCAAACCUCGAGAGCGCCGUAGCCUCUCUCUUAGCCUACUCAAAUCAAGACCGAGAUGGUCCUGAGUUUACUUCAGAAGAGGCAUUCUCCCUUGCGAUGGAACUUCGAUAUCGAAUGUGCUUACGUCGCCCCCAAUUCAAGGGUAUCGGGCGUGGCUCUGUGUCUAACCGACGAACCGAACAAGUCGUAGCCGACAAUAACGGCUCUCAAACACCUCCGGAUCUGGAAGACGAUGGACUAUGGCGCCCACCUCUUCUGCGACUGGAGAGCUCGCUUGUCAACACCUCUUCUCCAACCCCACUCUUCGAUGUCAUUCUGAAUCCAGCGGGUCAAGCGGACUCCCUGAUGGAUUUGGACGCAGAAAUACUGGACAUGAACUCUGACGGAUAUGACGACUCAGCCGACCGUCUCCCACCGACUCUCUUCGAGAAUGCCUAUCUGCGUCAGAACCUUUCUUUCGAAGGCCAUGACGAGCCCAGUUUAGACUGGAGCUUCACUUCAGAAACGCAAUCAGCUGCCGGUCCAGAGUCACCCGACCACUUAAUAGUGUUCCCCUCCGCCAUUGCAACUCCGCUCGAUUCUCCUUUCCCAUGUAUGUCUCGUAGGCUCACUCUGGGCUCGGACCCGUGUAUCGACUUCGAUCAUUGUCGGUCUGUGCCCGAGCCAGAAGCCGGUCUGGAGGCGUUCGAAGAUCUGUUUGAUUCAGACUUGUCCGAGGGUCGGGAUGCAGCAUUGGAGCAUCCAGCGGGUAAUUCUAUUGACGUUGUCAUGGACAGUGGAGCACCAGCUUCACACGAGGAUUUGGAAUGGGCAGAAUGGUAAAUAACCAUACAGUAGAGCAAACACGCAUAUGUAAUCAUAGCAACGGUGACCAGUGUGCAUGGGAUCAAAUACCACACCCAAUCUAGAC